AUGAGGGACCGGAUCGCCGGCAUAUAUGAAUUCCUCGACAAAACGCGGCACGUACAAGACAAUGACUUCGUCCUCAUCGCCGAUGGAACAGACUUCUUUUUCCAAUUACCUCCAGAGGUCUUAAUUCAACGAUUCCAGAAGCUUCUGAAGGAGAACAACGCGAAGCUGCAACAAAAGUAUGGCCUUGUGAUGGUUGAAAAGGCCUUUGAACAAGGCCCCCCGGAGACAGUGCAAAAGUAUACACAGAGAGUCCUAUUUAGUGCCAGCAAGGAAUGCUGCCCUGGCCUCUCUCGUGAUGCAGGAUGUGUUGCAGCACCGGAGUCCAGCCUCCCCCCAGACAUUUAUGGGUGGAAAACUGACCGUUACCCGGACGGCACCCUUACUCGACCGCGGUGGAUCAAGCCAGGCGCUGUGAUCGGCCAAGUCGCAGAUCUGAAGGCAAUCUAUGCCGAGAUACUGCGCUUAGUUGAGCACAACCGCAAUGUACAAGGGGACUAUGUCGCUCUGACCCAAUUAUUCGGACGACAAGAGUACGUACGGGAACUGGAAAGGCGCAGAACCUCUAGCCCAUUUAUGGAAUGGAUGUAUACACAGAUCGGCAUUUCCGAAGCUUCGAAUCUUACAGGGCUGCACCCGCUCCUGGAGACCGGACGCCGGUACGAGUACGGUAUUGGUAUUGACUAUGAAUCCCAACUUUUCUUUAAUAUGUGGAAUUCCAAGAACGACGUGGAAUGGCUACAGUACAACAAUGUCUCCAGGACGUCUUCCGUCCAGAUGCAGCAUGGUGUCCCACGGGAGAGGCGCCUGUUGCUUCCCGAGGAUCUGAAUCCCGAGCAAGUCGGCAAUCCGUUUACCCAGUCUAAGGUUGGCAAAGAUGAACCUCUCAACCCCCCUUACAAUGCUACGCUGGACGCCCUCCCAAACCCCCAGCACCGUUCAUGGCACAACCUCCCCUUGCUGACCAACAUUCAUUCGGCCGCGGUCCCUGCCCUGGUUCGCCUGGAUGGAGACCCAAAGCUGCGCGAUACGUGGUGGUCUAAGAUGUGGUACCACCCCUGGGCACGAGCUCUUCUCCGCAAGUAUGUGCGCUCCCCGAGCGGGUUCGAAGCCGCGCAGUCGGCCUUACUAGGAGGCCAAGAGUGGUGGGAUCUGCGAGGCGGCAAGGGCGGUGUUUGGACCGAGAAGGGCGAGUGGAUCGACUAUAGCGAAGUUUGCGUGGGCUAUGAACGGGACCUGUUCAACGAUGGCUUCGGGAAGUGGAGGAAAGAGGACGGAGGCUCCGAUGAGCCAAUUUAUAACCAGUUUGGCCAGUUGAUCAAGGGCAAAGAAGAGUGA